UUCGGUAUUAGCGUCGGGGGCCACGAAAAUAGCACUUCACGGGCGUGGACGGUCGUAUCACUCUACAUGCACGGUAUAGUAGAUAAACCUGGUGCCGUUCAAGCGCUCAGAAACCUCGAGUAUGAUAUCAAUAGCAAACUCCGGCUAGACCAGCGACCAGAAAGACUGGAGUUCUACCUUGAGGACGACUCUCCUAGCAAUGCCUAUCGGGCGAAAUCUCACAGGGUAGAGGGCACGCUCUGCGCGAGAGAUGCUGUCCGGCAGAUGGGAGUGGUGGAGCCUACGGACGGCGAAAGGACGCGCCCGGGAACACCUCGACAGGAUAUAGUAGAAGCGACGAAGCAUGUUGUCGAAGUUGAGCUAUAGAAAUAUAGAAACCAGAGGGGUUGGAAAUGAGAGGCGGGAGAUCAGCGAUCAGCGAUUAGCGAUUGGUGACUAGUUGUAUAUACGUAGGCGUAUUCAAUUAUCUGUUAGCCGCCUACUCUAUUAGGAAGGCCGUCUAAUACCACGUGUGACGUUUGGUUGCUUCCAAUUGCUCGGGCUGUACGGUGGUGAUAAGAGGCGUUCGUAGUGUCAUCGUAGUGUCAUCUCGGUGAGUUCCGUAACGUAUUAUGGUAGUAGUGCAUCUAUAGCCUACAUCCUCCCCUGCAUUCCUUUGCAUGCAUAUAAGUAAGCCGGCAAGCAUAAUCCGAAUUGUAUUUAAACCCCCAUGUCUUACCCGACUCUUCGGGAUAGGUAUAAGAUCUUGCUUGGCUGUUCUAUUCUUGAUCGCCAAGAAAGAAAUCGACACACCCCUUUAAUAGUUGCACUGCCGACUUUCCAAGAUGCCCCCCGUCAACUCGGCCGUUGUACUAGGGGUCCUGGGUCUCAUCCGUAAUGCUGUGGCAUGCUCCGGUUGUUCGGGCUCGGUAGGUCACGUCGUCGAACACGUCCGACAUGUGAAGCGUAUGCAGCCCGAUGCGAUAAAUGCUACCUACGGACCCACGAGGGCUCUAGAGUGGGGCCAACUGAACUUCC